AACCGUAAAAAUCAGAACCUCAGCAGCCACUGUAAGCCAGCCCCCAAUUUCAGUUGUCUUCUUAUUUUCUGUUUCUUUCAGUUUCUGCAGAUAGAAAAACAAAACGCUGUCGUUUCUCGCUCUCCGCCGUAGCCAUGUGUGGUAUUCUUGCCGUCUUUGGCUGUGUCGACACUUCGCAAGCUAAACGAGCUCGUAUAAUCGAAUUAUCACGAAGAUUGAGGCAUAGAGGACCAGAUUGGAGUGGAUUGCAUUGUCAGGAUGGAUGUUAUUUAUCUCAUCAGAGAUUGGCUAUUGUAGAUCCCACUUCUGGUGAUCAGCCUCUUUACAAUGAGGAUAAAACCAUCGUCGUCACGGUUAAUGGAGAAAUAUACAAUCACAAGCAAUUGCGGGAAAAGCUAAAGUCUCACACAUUCCGAACUGGUAGUGACUGUGAAGUUAUUGCCCAUCUUUAUGAAGAAUAUGGAGAGAAUUUCGUUGACAUGUUGGAUGGGAUGUUCUCAUUUGUUAUUUUGGACACCCGUGACAAAAGUUUUAUUGCAGCUCGGGAUGCCAUUGGUAUUACUCCCCUCUAUGUGGGCUGGGGUCUUGAUGGAUCAGUGUGGUUUGCUUCAGAAAUGAAAGCAUUGAGUGAUGAUUGUGAACGAUUCAUCUCUUUUCCACCCGGGCAUAUAUAUUCAAGCAAAGAAGGAGGCCUUAGAAGAUGGUACAACCCACCGUGGUACUUGGAGAACAUACCUUCAACACCUUAUGACCCCCUAGUAUUAAGAGAGGCUUUUGAAAAGGCUGUGGUCAAGAGACUUAUGACAGAUGUACCAUUCGGUGUACUUCUUUCUGGAGGCUUGGACUCAUCACUCGUUGCUGCUGUGACUUGCCGUCAUUUAGCCGACUCAGAAGCUUUUCGUCAGUGGGGUUCUCAGUUACAUACAUUCUGCAUUGGUUUGAAGGGUUCUCCAGAUCUGAGAGCUGCAAGGGAGGUGGCAGACUAUCUCCAAACUCGUCACCAUGAGCUUCAUUUUACUGUUCAGGAAGGAAUCGAUGCUCUUGAGGAAGUCAUUUAUCAUAUUGAGACCUAUGACGUAACAACUGUUAGAGCCAGUACACCGAUGUUUCUCAUGUCACGAAAAAUCAAAUCCUUAGGAGUUAAAAUGGUUAUUUCUGGGGAAGGUUCGGAUGAAAUCUUUGGAGGUUAUUUAUAUUUCCACAAGGCACCUAAUAAGGAAGAGUUUCACGAAGAGACAUGUCGAAAGAUCAAGGCUCUUCAUCUUUAUGACUGCUUGAGGGCCAACAAGUCUACUUCAGCAUGGGGUGUUGAGGCUCGCGUGCCCUUUUUAGACAAAGAGUUCAUCAGUGUGGCAAUGAGCAUAGAUCCUGAGUGGAAAAUGAUCAGGCGUGAUCUUGGAAGGAUAGAGAAGUGGGUCUUGCGCAAUGCCUUUGACGAUGAGAAGAACCCGUAUCUUCCGAAGCACAUACUGUACAGGCAGAAGGAACAAUUCAGUGAUGGAGUUGGGUAUAGUUGGAUCGAUGGUCUGAAAGAUCACGCAAACAAACAAGUAACAGAUGCAAUGUUGAUGAAUGCAAACUUUGUUUACCCUGAAAAUACCCCUAUGACAAAAGAGGCAUACUAUUACAGGACCGUCUUUGAGAAAUUCUUCCCAAAGAAUGCUGCAAGGGCUACAGUUCCUGGAGGUCCAAGUGUUGCAUGCAGCACUGCAAAAGCAGUUGAAUGGGAUGCAACAUGGUCCAAAAAUCUCGAUCCUUCUGGUCGUGCUGCUCUUGGUGUUCACGAGGCUGCUUAUGAGGAAACUUUGGAUUCCAAGACUGCCAAUCUGGUGAAUAAUUCCCCACAUACCCUGUAGGAAGGGAAUCUUAAGAAGGAUCUGCUUAGUUGAGGACUUACAAGAAUAUGUAUUUCCAGGUGAUUAAGCGAAAAGUUGCUGGUGGCAGACACAGAUCAUAUGGCAAAGGUUGUGUAGAAGAUCCUCAAAUUUACAUCAGCAGAUGUAAAAUUGGUCCCCAUGUUGCUUCUAGACAGUGUAAUGUUAGUUUCUUAUUGUCAGUCUAUUUUUGUAGGCUUCUUACGCUUGUAUGGCAGAAAUUUAGAAUUUUAAUUCUCCAAAUCUUUGUACAUGGAGAGAGUUGCGAUAGUGGAAUUCUAGUAAAAGUUCUAGUCCAGUAUGUGAUGAAUGUUCAAUAUUUGGUGCAGUUAUUUCAUAAGGAUUGGAGUA